UGGCUCGCAUAUAAACAAAGUAUAGGAGCCUAAAUAAUUUGCGUAAAUACAAAACAAAAUCAGUAAUGUUUUGGCCAACGUCAUACAGCGGCUUUUGUAAUCUAUUAAUCAAGAGAACGUAAAUUGAUUCAUCGUAGAAAUAACAGAUUUCUAGUAAAAAUGUUGAUUCUUUCAUAUAUCGUACUGCUGUUUCACCUUAGUGUGAACGGACUUCAGCGUUCCGAUGAUCAAGCAUCUAUCGUUAGUAUGAUGGAGAAGGGACAGCGUCACUUAAACGAACUGGAGGAAAAAACCAACCUACCGAAAUAUGGAGAAUGCUGGCUGCAAGCACUGAACCAUCUGCGCGACGGUUGCCGGACGAUGACGGAUUCUAUUCAAAUGGAUCUGGCGCUACACUUUACCGACUGCUUUCUGGACAUGUCCGGUCAGGAACGGAUGGAUUGUGUGUCCGAGCGUACCGAAGCACUAAAACGGCUCUGUAUGAGCGAAAUGACCGAUCGGGCUUUUGCGACUUAUACGGAGUUCUUCACUCAAACUCAGAAUAUGUGCUUUUUUCUUCAGGGACAACACUGGCAACGGGAAACGGAUCGUACCAUCGAUCGGUUGAGUCUGAAAUCUCGCGAAGUGAGCGAGCAGUUGGAAAUCGCCAGUGAGGUUCAGCAAGUUAUGUUGGGUCAUCAAAAGGAAGGUUUGAAACUUCAAGGUAGAAUGCUAGAGAUAGGAAGCAGUUUGGUCGAGUCACUGAAUGGGUCCAAGAAAAUGUUAAACAAUCUAACGGAAGGUCUGAUGAAUUCUACCAAACAGCAGCAGGCCAUUCUUGCGGAAAUUUUCCAUGAAUUUCAUAUUCUGCAUACCUGGCUGGUGGGCAGAUAUUCGUUCGUCGAUCGAUUGGUGUUUUAUUUCUGCAUUUUAGUUGGCACCAUCGUGACCACUUCCACAAAGCGAACGGCUAGCGCUAGAUUAAUUCUAAUUUUGAACCUUAUUGGCGGUAUAUUCCUAGAGGCAGCUGUUGCAAGAAUGAUGCCAUCUUUGGACGUUGUUCGAAGGGACCAACUAAAUUGGACGAUCAGAAAACUGUUCCUAGCUUCGAGCGUGGUAAUCUUUGCAUAUUGCUCUUAUCGCUAUCAGGAUCUCAACAAAAAGCUUUUGGAUGAAAUUAAAGAACAGAACCGUCAAAUCAUGGAAAGUAUCCUGAGGAUGAAGUUAGAGCAAUGCACUCGUCCGGAUCCGCCGCUUGCUCGGGACUUAGUGUUCGAGGAAAAAGACUCGCAUUCCACCACACGCAGCUUCAGUACCGUUGCGCUGUCCGACAAUAAUUUCAAGCGUAUCCCACGAAAGCCUCCCACAAUAGUCACUGAGUCGGAACAAAUCAACUAUGAGAAGGAGAACAGUUUCAAUGAACGACGGUCGCUCAGCCGGGCUGACCGGAAUCUACGAGCAUUAUCACAGGCGUCUGAAUCCAGCGUAUCACUCAACUCCAGAUACAACCUGCGACGAAAAACGAACAACUAUCCAUGAGUUGGGAAAUCGACAAACUAUUUAUGCAUUCCUUAAUUUAAUAUUUAUUUUUACGUUUAAGUAUUUAUGAAACCGAAACUAGCAGCAGAAAAACAUCAUACUAACUUGAUGUGUGUAACAUUCCAAAGCAGUUUGAAACCAAAUAACUUACACCUAAGAAUUGAUGUAAUGUGUUUAUCGAAAUAAAACAGUUGAC